AUGGCGCAGCGGUGGCUCGCAUGGCGCUCGUGGUUUGGGCCGCCUCUCAUCACCGCGGCAUACCUGGGUGUUGCCCAGUUUGGAAGGCUCCUGGUGGACAGCAAGACCCAUAGUGCGUCCGUCUGGCCUCCUUCUGGGGUUGGCCUGGCAGCUGCUCUCCACUUUGGCAGGCCAUCAGCAGCUGUAGGCAUUGCGGCCGGCUCACUAUUGCAUCUCCUCUUGAUGUACCUGACGACCGAGAGGUACCACCGGACAAUCUUCCUCGCAAUCUCCCCAGCUUUUGCGGCAAUCAACGUCCUGGAAGCUCUUGUGAACUGCACACUCAUCCAGUUCGUAUCAAAACAAAGGUCGGGGUGGUUUGAAACUUGGCGGGGAGCGGUCCUUUUCUUUCUUCCGAUCCCGUUCGCCCCCCUCGCAUCUGCUUACCUCAUUGCUUUCUUACUUGCCCUUGUCAAUUUUGUCCCAACAGCUUACGUGGCCAAGUAUGCCACUGCUAUGCUAGUUCUUGCAACACCUGCUUUGGGUAAUCAGGAGGUCACUGGGGCAAUCUUUCUCGCAAUGGCCAUGGUUAUUGUCGGAACCGCCCGGGGGAUGGGUCCAUUCAGUGGCGACAACCACUCGCCAAUCUUUUGGCUGACGUUGGAGCAGAUCUACAUAUGCGUCACCAGUGCCAAGACGAUCUGUAUUGCAGCCUUGUCACGUGAAAAAGACGACAAGCACGUGCAACUGCAGAGGGUCAACGAGUUGCUCGAGACGCGGGUGCAGCACAGAACAAGCGAGUCAACGGCUGCGAUUGACCGUGCGGAGGAGGUUGGUCGGCAGAAGCUGGGAUUCGUGAGGCAUGUACGCGAAGAGAUACGCGCGCCUCUGGUAGGGAUCCAACGGCUGUGCUUUACUGAAAGCCCUCUCGACAUUGACUCCCUCCGGGCACGGGUGGCCGGCACGGCAGAGCUGCUGGUCACCGUUCUGGACGACCUGGUCGACGUGGGGUACGGCGAAGGUGGCAGGCUGUGCUCUGAGAUGCUGAAGUUUGAACCGGAGGCGCUCUUUAGGCGUGCACUGGACCUGGUCAGGCCGGAUCUAUCGAAGGUGGCCACCCUUGAAGCUGACAAGGACCUUCCUCGGUAUGCCGAAGGCGACAUGAAGAAGCUGCAGCGCUGCCUGGUUGCGAUGAUCAACUGCUGCUGCACCGGUGAUGUGUGUUCGGUCCGGCUUGGCAUCCUGUGCAUGCCGCCCGAGAUGAUGGCGAACGGCGUCCAUUCCCGCCACAGGCUGUGGAUACGCUUCGAGGUGCAUGCAGAGCCUCACGGGGGGCAAGCAACGGACCUCGAGGGCGGCUGGGUGCUCAACCCAUACGAUCCAAAAACCUCUGUGGAUGACCGCCCCGUGGUGCUAGCUGACGAGAUGGGUGGACGGCUCUUCCGAGCCCGCGACGGCCUCAGUGCAAGGCUGGAGGUCCCUUUAAGACGCACAAUGGACAACAACUCCCUGGGGUCCAGUGUCCGCUUCCGUGAGGCCCGAGCGCAAGCCAUUCUGGACGGGCUGGAGCUGAGCCCGCAGAAAGAGUAG